AAUCCUUUGAAAGUGCAUACAAUACCGCCGCCCCAUUUCUUUUUGCCAGUUUGGGGGCGUGGCCAGGCUAUUGGCUUUUCCGGGGAAUGGAUUACCAUGUGCAUCGAUCGCAUAUUCCAUUGCCCAUCUAUAUAAGACAGCCUUGCCAGAUCACCGGUGACUAAGCUAUCAGCUGGAGAGCUGCCACACUGUUUAACUAAGUAUGGUGUGACCCCUCAUUUUCUAGUGUUGGUUAAAAUCGACGACACAAAAAUCACAUUUUGUUUGGAAUACAAGAGGUUUUUUAAAUUGUUCUGAUUUUAAUCGACUUUUUGAGUUGUUUUUUAAACAAAAACGCUGCUGUAAUGGCCCGCACUGAGCUGGAGAAAAAGGCAAAGCGUCAGGGCAAGAAACGCAAGCACGAGGCGGCUGGAAAUGCUGAAAAUGCGGCAUCCGACGACGAGGUGGCCAACAAAAGUCUAAUUUUGGAGCCACAGGUGGAGCAACAGGCUGCUCCAACAGAUAAACCGCACAAAAGGCGACAAAAAGGAGAAGAAGCCUUGGCUACCAAGAAACGCAGCAAAAAGUCGGCAGCGGAUGAGCAGGUGGCCACCAAUGAAGGCGAAGAAACUCCUCUACAGAAGCCUCUGAAGAGGAAAAACCUUCAGGAAACAGGAAAACUUAUUAAGAAAAGCGCAGCUCGUCCGGAAAACUCCAAUGCCGUGGUCACUGUGCGCCAAAAAAAGAAACAGAAGCACCAGCAGCGACUCGAGGCUCAAAAGAACCAGAACACCAACAAAGAAGCCAAAAUCAACAAGGAAUACCUCUUGAAGUGGAAGGAAUCGCGUCAGGAGUGGAAGUUCAUUAAACUCCGGCAGAUUUCCAUCCAACAAACCGCUUUCGAUGAGGAGAAACUGGACGCAGAUCUCUGGCCAACUGCUCUGGAGUAUUUGGCCAGUUCCCAGGGAGCAGCGCGCUCAAAGAUCAGCGAAUUGGCCGAGGAGGUUAUCCAGAAACUGGACAAAGAGGGCGAAAAGCUGGAUGAUGAGGCUGAACGACAGAAACUUAUCGAGUCCACGCGGUACCAGCGGGCCCGCGACCUUCUCCAGAGCUUCGACUAGUUGUUUAUGUUAGUUGUUAAUGUUUUUUCUAGAGUUUAAUAAAGAAUCGCCUUUUUAUUUUACGAAAA